CUCUCCCCCUCUCUGUGGAGACAACAGAAACCAAUAAAAAAAUAAUAAUAAUUAGCACCACCAAAUUAAAGAGAGGCGUGCGGGUGAUUUCAUUCUCAAUCUCUGCUCAAAAGAGAGGAGAUGCAAUCUGUGGUGCUGAAUACUUGCUACUGUUCUUGUUGCCCUAAUCAAGCUCCUGAGUCGUCGUCGUCGUCGUCAUCUUCUCUAUCUUUCAAGGGUUCGGGAUUCUGCGGGCUUCGUGUUUCUAGGGUUCCGCCUCCUUCCGCGCUCCGGUUGGUCUCCAGAUGUCGGCGAAGGCAAGCGAUUAAAGCUGUUGCUACUCCAGAUCCGGUAGUGGAAUUGCCACUCACUGCAGAAAAUGUGGAGUCUGUUUUAGAUGAAGUGCGUCCGUAUCUUAUUGCAGAUGGAGGAAAUGUAGCAUUACACGAGAUUGAUGGGAAUGUUGUAAGACUAAAACUAGAAGGGGCAUGUGGAUCAUGCCCAAGCUCUACGAUGACAAUGAAGAUGGGUAUUGAGCGUCGUUUGAUGGAAAAAAUUCCAGAAAUUGUUGCAGUGGAACCCAUAACUGACGCGGAGACAGGUCUUGAGUUAAAUGCAGAGAACAUUGAGAAGGUACUUGAUGAGAUAAGGCCAUACCUCGUAGGUACAGGUGGCGGUGAGCUUGAACUUGUUGCCAUUGAGGAGCCAAUAGUUAAAGUUCGACUUUCGGGGCCAGCAGCAGGAGUCAUGACUGUUAGGGUUGCAUUGACGCAGAAACUGAGAGAGAAGAUCCCUGCAAUUGCUGCAGUUCAACUUUUAUAAUAUCCAUCAGGAGCUCGUCUCUCUCGUGUAUUACUUCAUACCCUCAAAGGGAGCUAUCUCUGUAUAGUUUCCACUGUUUAUCUGGAAGCAGUGGUAUCUUGAAAUUUUACCUACAGACCAGUAUGCAGUACGAUAUUGUUGUGAUCCAUAGCGAAUAAGAAUGUAACAAAUAUUAUUCAGAGAGAUAAAUGAAAUAUCAUUCUCGUUUUUGAUGUAUU